AUGCCGUUCUUGUCCGUGAUUCAACCCACAAGCUUGUUCCACGAAGCUAGCCACUUCGAGUUAGUAAAACUCUCCAAGCCUACAACUCCUCUCGAUCAUGGUAUCUCCAGCCUAACUGAGCUAAGCCACCACCGUCCCAUCCCCCGCCGUGGCGCAGACAAGAUUUGGUAUUUACUAGAAGACAUUGUCGACUGGGUAGUCGGUAUUGUCAUGUCAGACAUGGCUGAGACCACCCAGAGAGCCGGAGGUCUCUCACGACACGCGGCGAAUGGAAUCUCUCCUCCAAACGGGAUUGUAGGCCACUUGGUCAGACUCACCAACAACCCUCGCGAUGGCUCCUAUCCCGGAACCCAUAGUCCUGCCGCCAAACUUCACGCCGGAGCUGUUCGAAAGGUUGAUCCUUGGCGCCCAGGAGAUCUGCGGCGCCGAGAAUGUCCGCGUCGUGCCCAAGGGCGGGCCCCGGCGCCGCCGCCCCCGCGCGUGCCCGGCUCCGUCAACGUCGAGGGCGCCUACGCGCUGCUCGAGCCUGGCGUGAGCUUGCUUCCGCGACGUGCACGACUACCUCGAGAGGCACAACCUGCGCGAGCAUUUUUUGGCUCUCCGUGCCUGUGGGCCAAGGCUCCGUCCUCUGCAACGCCGUACGGCGACCACUGGGGCAUGCACUGCGGCAUGGAAGUCGUGCUGCCUAAAGGCAAGCUCGUGCGCGCCAGCAUGGGUGGCGAGCACAUGAUUAAAAUCUGCUACAGAAGUUAG